AUGUCGACCACCCACCACAACAUCCAGGAGAAGCCCGACGUGCCAAAAGGCAUCGUUAACGAGCCGGCGCCGGGCAUCCCCUACUUCACCCCCAAGCAAGACCCCCCUGCCGGUACCGCGCUGCUGCCCGAGGGGCAAAAGGACGUUCCCAAGCUCUUCCGUCCCCUGAAGCUGAGAAACUUGGUCCUCCAAAACCGCAUCGCACUGAGUCCCCUGUGCCAAUACUCUGCCCAGGAUGGCCACUACACCAUGUGGCAUGACACCCACAUGGGAGGCAUCAUCCAGCGCGGCCCAGGCCUCGCCUGCGUCGAGGCCGCCGCCGUCCAGCCCCGUGGCCGCAUCACCCCGCAGGACGUUGGCAUCUGGAAGGACAGCCAGAUCGAGCCGCUGCGCCGCGUCGUCGAGUUCGCUCACUCCCAGAGCCAGAAGAUCAUGAUCCAGCUCGCCCACGCCGGCCGGAAGGCCAGCACCGUCGCGCCCUGGCUCAGCUCCGGGGACGUCGCCGGCGAGGACCUCGGCGGGUGGCCCGAGGACGUGCAGGCGCCCAGCGCCAUCGCGUGGAACGAGCACCACGCGCAGCCCAAGGAGAUGUCGACGCAGGACAUUGAGGAGUUCAAGAAGGCCACUGGGGAUGCCGUUCGCAGGGCCGUCGAGGCUGGCUUUGACGCGAUUGAGAUCCACAACGCUCACGGCUACCUCUUGCACUCGUUCCUGUCGCCCGUCAGCAACACGAGGACCGACAAGUACGGCGGAAGCUGGGAGAACCGCGUACGCCUGACCCUGGAGAUCGUCGAGCUUGCCCGCUCCAUCAUCCCCGACACCAUGCCCCUCUUCCUCCGCAUCAGCGCCACCGACUGGCUCGAGGAGCAGAAGGACAUCCCCGCCUCCUGGACCGGCGACGACACCGUCCGCCUCGCCCCGCUCCUCGCCGCCCGCGGCGUCGACCUCCUCGACAUCAGCACGGGCGGCAACCACCCCCGCCAGCACCCGCACGUCGGCCCGGCGUACCAGGCGCCCUUCGCCAUCAAGGUGAAGGAGGCCGUCGGCUCCGACAUGGCCGUCAGCUCCGUGGGCUCCAUCGAGAACGCCGAGCUCGCGAACCGGCUGCUGGAGAAGGACGGCCUCGACCUCGUCUUCGUCGGCCGCGGGUUCCAGAAGAACCCCGGCCUCGUGUUCGCCUGGGCGGACGAGCUGGGCGUGCAGGUCAACAUGCCGAACCAGAUCCGCUGGGGGUUCGGCGGCCGCGGCAAGAAGAGCGGCAGGCCUGCUACCGAGAUCCCCGAGCUGAUCGGCAAGCUUUGA